AUGGCAACAGCCGUAGCAGCCGCGGAAACUGCCCGGGCCGCCGCCAACGGCGACAACUGCUGCUUCGGUCCCGUCCCGGGCGGCGGCUCGACUCGGCUGCGCUGGCUUCCCCCCGGCCCGGCUGCUCGCGACGGACGCGCCGCCAUCUUGGAAGAGCGACGUCCGCGUCUCCCCGCGACGUGCGCUCCCAUUGGCUGGCGCGCCGGGCGCGGGCGUCUUGUGACCGUCUCCAUGGCGCCGGCGCGCGCAGGCACGGAGGCGGGCGCUGGGCGGCGAGCGGCCCUGGAGGCCGGCGGACGGCGGGGUCGGGGGCCGCGGCGGAGGGCGGGGCGCGCGCGGGAGGCGCCGCGGAGGCCGCGCGCCCGCGGGGAGAGCGCCCUCGCGCAUCCCGCCGGCCUGGUGGAGACCCUCGGGUGCCGGGGACGCUCGGCUGCGGGCUCCGCCGAAGCUGCCCGGCCCGCCGCGGCGCCUCCCUCCGAAACUUCGGCCGAAACUUGCCUCGGUCGCUCCCGGCGCUCGGGGCGUCCCGGGCUGGGCGCGCGACAGGUUGUAGACGUGAGCCGGGUGGAUCGCCCUCGCCCCGAUCCUGGCCCAGUUAAGGGCUGCGGCUUCGCUGAUCGGCCGGUACCUGCCUGAGCUGGAAGCCUGCUGUUCCAUCCACACGCGACCCUUAAAAGUCAAGCAGCUUUUGCCCCGUGGCUGCGGUCUCCAGACCUCCAUUGGGAUUUUCUUUUUAUAACAUAGUGCGUUUAUAUAUCGGAGUGAACGCCUGUCACUAAAUGUCUCUAAGGAAGAUAUCUUCACUCUUUUAAAGGUGACAGAUUAGGAGCGCUUCCUGAACAUGGACAGAACCCUGGGUUAAAUCAUCAAUACCACAUAAGUCAGUAGAAUGCAAACUUCAUGAAGUCAGGAAUUUCAUGUGUUCAACAGCGUCUCCAUAGUGCCCCCGAAUACUGGACUAGUAUGUGGCUCAGUGGAUACUCGGUGUUUGCUGCAGGAGCAGUAAGCCGUUUCCCACGAGACCUCAGGAAAAUACCCUGAUGAACUAAGAGUAAAUCCCUUGUGUUGAAAAUUAAACUAUUUAAAAAAUU